AUGAAGUUCUUCAUCACCACCUACGCCCUCGUGGCCGCCAUGGCCACCAUGGCCACCAAGCUGGUUGCCGACUCGAGCAACUACGCCCUCACCAUCGAGCUGAGCGCCAACGCCACCGAGGUCCUCACCGCAAACGGCCUCUGGGCCCCCAACCUCACAGCCUUCGCGACCGAGGACUACAACAUCGACGGCGUCGACUUCACCGCGAAUAGUGAGAAGCUCAACCAGUCGGGCCUUGAUGUGAACGAACUCGUCCACAUCCGCAUCGAUGACAAGAGCAUUGCCGUUACUCCUGAUGACCACGACUGCGGCCGCUGUGACACAUGCCUCAAGCUGUGCCGCCGGAUGUAUGUCUCAACACUACUGCGACGGUUGCCACCCCAUCUAAGCAAGCUUGCCUUCGAUGGCCUGCUCCAGGCGGCCUUCUGCUAUGAGCAACUGGUUCGGAAACCGUCUACCGGUGUCUUGGGCUACCUGAACCGGCUUGAAUAG